CGCACCGCCACGGCGCCAUUUUGCGUCUUGCCGCUGUGUGUGCGUCAAGCUCCGUGCGAGUCGUUGUUUGAGAAGUGAAUUUUCUGGUUUUAUCUCGUUUUGCGAGUGCCAGGACAGUUGCAUUGUGUUUCAGACUGAUCACCCGAUAUUUUUGUGUAAGUUUCUUGCUGUUUUUAAGUACUCUGACAAAAUGGCAAGGUUCUCCAGUGGUGCAACCAGCAGGCUCGGCAAACGUUGUCGCAACGCAAGCGAAACUGCGUCCCUCAGCUCCUGGGGAAGCGAAGUUAAUGUGCAUUCCGAUGCCGAAGACAACUGCAGCGUUUUCCAAAACCAAAUUCCGGCCAAGAAGCGACGUUCGGGCGACAGUGGUGUGAGCCCGGACCCAAAGGACUUCACGUCGUCGGAUGAUGAAACCCGGCCUUCCAACUCCUCGGCCUCGGGCGGCACGCGUGGGAGGAAGCCCAAAUGCUUCUCGCGCAACGCCGUCCUCGCCAGAGAAAACCGCCUCAAGAAGAAAAAGUACAUCGGGGACCUGGAGAACGAGCUGCAGUCGCUACGCCGGGAGAACAGCAAGCUGAAAGUGUCUCUGAGCGGGUACACAAAGGACGUGGAGCUUGUUCGUAAGGAAAACGUUUACCUUCGCAACGUCCUUGCCAACAGCAAACAACUCUCACAGCUCCUUCGUUCCAUCAACGUCAACUGUGGCUUGCCUAGCGCCACCAUCCCGAAGCCUGUUGUGGAUUUGAAGAGACCUGCUGCCGCGGAGAAAACCGCAACCCAGUCCAAAGUGAUAGUGGAAAGUGUAGUUCCAGCUGCCCCAGCCCUGGCACCAUGUGACACUGAUUCCUGUGUUCCCUCGUCCAGCCUUGUUCUUGGUGACGCAACAGCUGCAAGAACCAUGAGGAAGGGUUUACCAAUUGCUGCUGAUGACGUUUCCUUGAGCUCGUCUGCUCCUGAGGAUGAAGAUGAUGAUGACCUUGACCUCCUGUUCGGCUCCAAGAAUGUUCCUCUGGACUUGGACUUCAACCUAAAUGAGGCUUCUCUCGACGACCCAGACUACCUUGGGUUCGGACCUAAUGCCUUUGGCGAUUGGCUUGACGGAGAUGAACCCUUGGCAAAUGUUGGGGUCUGCCUUCAUGUGGCCAAAAACAAAGUCUCUCUUGAAUUUUGUUCAUCCUGCAAUGAAAAUGCCUUAUCAAGCUGGAGUGGCAUUGCUGUGUAAUGGACCAUAAGACUCUAUUUUUAAUUUAACAACUUUUGUUUAUCUUCGGAGGGCUAUCCUUAUCCACUGUUAUAUUGUCAUGUAUGGUUUAAAGAAUCAGAAAUUGUGUUCUAGCUUUGUCAUCCAUUUGCUUCCUUUGUUAGUUAUCACCUGUACAUUUUCUAGUGCCUUGUUAAUAUUUGAAAAGAUUCAAAGCUAGAAUGCAAUUUCUGCCAGAGUGCGAUCAUGAUUUUAGUGUUUGAUGUCUUUUUUCAGGCGCCUUUACUGUGCUCUUCGGAAGGCUUGCAGUUCUACCUUCCGAUUGCAGAGGCUUUUUGCUAAGCAUUGCCCGAUGGGCUGGAAAUGAGGAGCCUGGAAUGAAAAACGGUUGAGUAUACUUGUAUCGGGCCAGUUUUCACACUUCCUAGUCAAAUUUCCCAGAGACUCAAAUGUUUCUUAAGAAAAAAAAUAAUAACUUCACUAUUUCAUACAUGAUUUCUCUGGGAAAUAAUCAAAUCACACAGGUUGUUCAUUUAACUUCAUUUUCUCAUUCUGAAUUACUCAGGUUCAUUGUCUUUGAUAAAGUAUUUUUCACUCAAUGAUAUCAACCUGUGUGAUUUUUCAUUAGCAACAACAAGUUCAACCACUUAUAACUUGGUGAAUGUUUUUAAUGAACAAGUUAUGUUGUUUUUUCAGCACAUUUUGACAACCUCCUCAGGGGCAGCUUCUCGGAGUUUAAACACCAUAAUGAAUGAGUUAGGAUCAGUAGGAAAGGCGCAAGCUUUAUUAAGGUGGUAAUCAGUAGAUUGGGUAAGUGUACUAGAUUCUACCCAGCAGGAGCCCUGUCCUUUGAAGAGUCUGAUGCAUUUAUAGAGGAGAAUCAUUGAAACUUUUUUUCUCCGUGGGAGAGUGAGUACACCUAACCGAGGGAUUUUCCUGUCCAUACUACUUUUUUACCACCUUGCCUUUACUUGGGCAAGUGUCUUAGGACUUUUUAUCCGAACUUGUUCAGUUACAGCUGGACCUUUGCUGCCGUCCCUGACUCACCAUGAAGCUACUGUUGCUUGUCCUCCGUGUACUAUUGCCUUGUUUAUGAUAUGUUUUAGUUUUUAAGUGUUGAAGUAUAUUUAUUUGUACAGAUUUAUUGUGAAUACAUUUGUUUUAUAUUA